UUGUUUCUUCUUGGUUUUCCCGAAUGUGGACCUCUUCAUGCUUGCCAUAUCGCUGUUAUGGUGCUAUAUACGCUUAGUAUGUUAGUAGAAAUGGUCUAUUACGAAACGAUCGAAGUCGUUACGCCAAACGUUGUUAGAAUAGCUGUGCAAGGUACUUUAUUCUUCUUCCUUUUCAUCAGUAUCGAUUUGGUGACAAUCAUAGGAUUUGCUGUAGUUCAGCGCUGGUUGUGUGCAACACCACAGAUAGAGCCAGCACGAAGAAAAGGACGACUUUUUGCUAAACAUUACAUGGAAGGGAAUCUUCUAAACCCUCCAGAUACUGAUGAAGUUAGGGAAUUGAGAAAGAAGCAGUUGUAA